AUGGGUUCAAUCGCAUCGGUGCUGCAAUGGCAUUGUCAGACAUGCGGACAAAUCAAUCCCACAGAGAGUGUGAAAUGUUUAAAAUGUGGUAUAAAGAGGAUAUCUGGUCAUGACAGUGAUAUACAAAAACGUUAUCAUACCGGUGAUUCGUCCUCGGAAUACGCUUCUCGGACUGAAAAAAGCGAAGGGACGACUCCAGGAUCUGAAGCCAUCGUUAUACCAACAACAAACAAUUUCAAUAGCGGUUGGUCAUGUGUGGGGUCAGCCCCGCUGGCCAGCAGAGCGUGGCGUUGUGGCUGCGGUCUUAGAAAUGUAUCAGCUUCUUGGAGAUGUGCUGCCUGCGACAAAAUCGCCCCACAUGCUCCCGUUUACAGAUUAUCUGAUGACGAGGAUCAAUCUUCAGGGAUGACUGACAAGGAUAAGUCUGAUCAAGAUCACAGUAUGAUAAGAUCUAACACUCUAGCAGUUCCUUCGUAUAAGCCUUCGUCAAGUUAUUCUGGUGGUCCUUUGAAUUUGGACGUUCAGUCUCUUAGGUUAUCUCCUACUCAGAUCACAGACCACGCCCACGGGGUGACGAGGUCAUUGUCUCACGGGUCCGUGAUCAAUUCACAACACAAAUGGUGGAAUGUUGAUGAAACGAGAAGUACUAUAAACAGACCAACAAGCUUAUUGGUGUCUGAAAGAUAUGGAACGUCCUCAUACAACCCGAGGGAAUCGUUCCUGAGAAGCCUUCACACAGUCACGCGACGCCCUAAAAAGUGUAACGAGAGCAAAUCGAAUUGGGAGUUGAAUUAUGUUAAGGAAUACCAAAGAGAACAAACUAGAGGAUUGCAUCUGAAGAAGUGGGCCUGCAGUAAAUGUACUCUCGAAAAUUCAGGGAUCAGAACUCACUGUGAAGCCUGCUUGUCUCCAAGAAUCUCGCCUUUAGCUCGUAUUUCUAAUACAAGAGGUCUUAGUGUUACGACUCUGGGAAGACAUGAGACUUUGAGUGGAAAAGAUGGAGCUACUUCCUUGCCGACGUCUGGAGGCAUUAUGAUAACCGUACCAGAUUGGCCGCAGACCGGAAAUAACUUGGGAGACUCCUUUCAGAGGUCAAUCAGUGCUCAAAAUUCUCCGGAAACCAGACCGACUUAUCGACGCUCGUUUUCUGAACAGACCAGCGAAACUAGACCCGUCGGUAAAGUCAUAUCUAGUAGGAGAAGUCUAAACGAUUAUCAGAAAUCGCUCGCAAGCUAUUGCAACACACUGACAAAAAGCGACGAAGUCUCAGAUAAAAAAAUCGAUGAAAGCAACGCUGAAUUAAUAGACAAGGAAUGCAGUUGGGAUACUAACGCGGAAGGAGUUAUAUACGCGUUACCCAACAAAGGAAAAUACAAAGAUCUCAACCUACAAUUGCAAGUUAACAACAAUGGCACCAGAUAUUCGUACGUCUCUGUUCAAGACACGAAAACUGUUAUGAGCAAUUCACAAAACGAAGUUUUAUACUCCAACGACAUGGGUGAUGGGGAUUACGCCAGAAUCGAUGAGCUUUUGGGAGCAGAAAAUUGUAUUUCUCCAGUUGGUGAUAGUAAUAUAAGGACUUCUCAUAUCGGUGCGGGCAAAGACGGGGGCAAAGUGUAUAAUAUGUUGCCGUCAGUAGGAAAAGUGUCUCAUAAUCCUCGCGAAUCACCUAAAGUGCCUACCGCUCAACAAACUUCUCGUGAGGGUGUGGGCGCGGGGGCGACUCGUAUGUGGCAGUGCGGGGAAUGUUGGUUCGCGUACAACGCUUGGGGCGCGAGGUGUGAUGUGUGCCGCAGUGCACGAGCUCCGCACGCCGUCACGUUGGCGCCCGGACUGGAGCGAGAUGCGCGGAGCAGACACAACUCCUCAUCGGAAGCCAGCGGUAAACAAGAAACGAACCGUAACGAACCACCGAAGAAGUUAACAGUACCGAUAGCGUCCCUCGACCACGACCUCAACAGUGAUGAACUACUGUUCGCUGUUGAGUCUACUCCGCCCCCUGAGAGCUCGUGGACCUGUGUUCGCUGUACUCUGGACAAUGAACCCGAAGACACGGCAUGUGCUGCCUGCGCCGCCUCCAGGCCCACCGAUAACUACUGGUCGUGUAGUUCGUGUACUCUCCGUAACCCGGUGUCUUGUCGCGUGUGUCGCGCGUGUAAGACUCCGCCCGUCCCGCGACAUGGCCCGCCCGCUACUAGCGAUAAUAACAGUCGCAGCCCGUCACGGCUGACUCCGCCGAGGAGAGUGCCGAGACACAAGACGCCUCCGCCUGAACAGAAGUCUGAGCCGUCCGAGUGGCCGUGUUCCGAGUGUACGUACGUGAACUCCGGCGCGGCGCUCGCCUGCGACAUGUGUCAGUCACCGAGAGCGAGGCUGUUACCAGCCGCGCCCGACCAGGCCUCGCUCGACGAUGACGACUCGCCGGAGGGCUCGGACGGCGAGCGGCAGGACAGCACGCCCAUGGAGAUACUGAGGCUGAGGGAGGAGACGCACGCAUGGACGCAGUGGCAGGAGGUCAUGGCGCAGUGUGCCGCGACUGGCGAGAUGUACGUGGAUGAGUCGUUCCCAGCGGCCGCCCGCUCGCUGUACUACAGCGGCGGGGGAGGGGCAGGCGGGGCGGGGGCGGAGCCUGCGGGCGCCGCGGCGAGGUGGCUCAGACCUCACCAGAUACACGUGGACGCGGACCCGCGCCUGCCAUGGGUUGUGUUCAGGGACCCGCGACCAUCGGAUAUAUCGCAAGGUGUGCUUGGUAACUGCUGGCUUCUAUCAGCCCUAGCGGUGUUAGCUGAGCGUUCGUCCCUAGUUCGCGGCGUGUUAGUGCGAGCGGAGCCGGCUCGUGGUGCUUACCAGCUGAGACUGUGUAAGGACGGCCGCUGGCUCACAGUGACACUGGACGAUAUGCUGCCCUGUAAUAGAAAGGGACACCUGGUGUACUCACAGGCUAAGAGGAAACAGCUGUGGGUGCCGCUGAUAGAAAAGGCUGUCGCUAAACUACACGGCUGUUACGAGGCGCUGGUGUCAGGACGUGCUAUAGAGGGUCUGUGUACAUUGACGGGAGCCCCGUGUGAGUCGGUGUCCCUGCAGGCGGGGGGCGGGGCCGGCGGCGGGGGAGGGGGAGGGGGCGCGCCUCUCGAACAACUGGACAGGGACCUGGUGUGGGCCCAGCUGUUGUCGUCGAGACAGGCCUGCUUCCUCAUGGGGGCCAGCUGUGGAGGAGGGAAUAUGAAGGUGGAUGAAGAAGAGUACCAACGCCUAGGUCUUCGUCCUCGACACGCGUACUCUGUACUCGACGUGGUGGAGGUAGCGGGGUACAGUCCUCCACUCAGGUUGCUACGGCUCAGGAACCCCUGGGGACACUAUACAUGGAGGGGAGCUUGGGCCGCCAACUGUCCGCGAUGGACCGACCAGUUACGAAGAGCUCUCCCCGCUAAUAAUGCUGAUAGGGAUCAAGGGGUCUUCUGGAUCAGUUUUGAUGACGUCCUCAAAUACUUCGACUGUAUCGACAUAUGUAAGGUCCGCGUCGGUUGGCACGAGGUCCGCCUCGCGGGCAUCCUCCCGCCGCUGUCCUCGCCCCGACACCUCACGUGUCUGUUGCUCACAGCCACGCAGCCAACCGAGGUCGACUUCACACUGUUCCAGGAAGGUCAAAGGAACUCCGCUAAGAGUCAGCGUUCUCAGUUGGACCUGUGUGUGGUUGUGUUCCGGACAAAGUCGGGGCCGAGCGCACAGGUCGGCAAGCUGGUUGCUCACAGCAAGAGACAGGUUCGCGGUUUCGUCGGUUGUCACAAGAUGUUAGAAAAAGGUUUCUAUCUAGUAGUGUGUCUCGCCUUCAAUCACUGGCACACUGGUUUAGAAUCAGAACGAGCGUUGUGGCCGCGUCACGUGUUAGCUGCUCACUCAUCAAAGCCGCUGGGAGUGUCUCGACCGACGCUACACCCGCACCUACUGGCUGACGCGAUCAUAGGACUGACACUAGCUAGAGGACAGAGACAUGAAGGAAGACAGGGAAUGACAGCUUAUUAUCUCACUAAGGGCUGGGCGGGGCUGGUAGUGAUGGUUGAGAACCGUCACACGGACAAGUGGAUCCACGUGAAGUGUGACUGUCAGGAGAGUUACAACGUGGUGUCGACGCGCGGGGAACUCAAGACUAUAGACUCUGUACCUCCGCUACACAGGCAAGUGAUCAUAGUAUUGACUCAACUGGAGGGUAGUGGGGGCUUCUCUAUCGCACAUCGUCUCACUCAUCGGCUAGCCGCUGCCGCGCGACUACACGACUGGGCGCCACGACCCGACGAUGCGCCACGACACAGACCGCCCCUCGCACGGAGACUCAGCGGUCUACACGCGCCUAGACUCAUCACAUAG